UUGCCAUGGCAGCGUGUCAACAGCGCUCCAUGGAGACGGCGAAGCCUGAACCGGGGCUGUUUUUCCGCGUUUCUCCGUGAUUUGGACACAGCUACCCGCCUGCAGAUGAUGGGACGGCCCAGGUACUUCACUCCCUCGGAGGUGGCGGCUCACAACACGGCGGAGGACCUGUGGGUGUCGUUUCUGGGCAAAGUGUACGACCUGAGCCCGCUGAUGAGCCAAUACAAAGGUGAUGUUCUGCUGUUGCCCAUCAUGGAGUUUGCAGGGAAGGACAUCAGCAGCUGGUUUGACCCCAAAACUGAAGACAUCCUGAAGUACGUGGACCCUCUGACCUGCUGUGUGGCGUACUACACCCCCAGGGGGCGUUUCCUGCACAUCCCCCCCAACGGUCCGCGCUCCGACUGGGACAGCGACAUCGGACUGCCGUGGUGGAGAGAUAGCCGAUACGAGGUGGGGCUGCUGUCCGCUAAAACCAGGUGGAUACGAAUCAUCAACACGCUGACGUCGCAGGAGCAGUGGAUGGAGGUGUGCUCAGAGGAGACUCUGAACGAGAUCCUGCAGCGCUACCUGCGAUACAACUCGCAUGCCCGCAGCUACACCUGGAAAUACAACGGCGCCGUCCUGGACGUGAACAAGACGCUGAGUGAGAACAAUGUCCCAGACAAUGACCUCGAGCUCGAACAGCUGCGUCUGGACCGAGACGCAUUCACCCCCGCCAUCCUCCUCCACUACAACGAUGACCUCACCGAGGGCUGACCUCUGACCCUGAACUGUCGACUAGAACAUAACAGUUAUUUUAUUAAAGCUGUGCUAACAGGA